AUGUUUUCCCAAAAUAAAGAUAUUUAUUCAGAAUAUAUAAAAAACAAAAUUCCAGAUUGGUUAAGUGGAAAUAAAAAAGUCGAUGAUUUUAUUCUAGAAAGACUAUCAAAUAUUAAUUCCCAUGAUGAUGUAGUAUUUGAAUGGAUACCAUACAAUCAGUUUAACAAAAUUAAAGAAACAGGCAAAAAUGGUUCUAUAACUGUAUAUUCAGCAAUAUGGAGGAAUGGCCCAUUACACAAGAAAUAUAAGUGGAGUUCAAAUUAUACAAGAGAUUCAAAUAAAGAGGUUGCUUUAAAGUGUUUGCAUAACUUGCAAAAUCCUGCAGCAAUAUGGAAGAAUGGCCCAUUACACAAGAAAUAUAAGUGGGGCCCUCCCUUCCUUCUCUCCUUUUUCGCUUAUUAUACAAGAGAUUCAAAUAAAGAAGUUGCUUUACAUAACUUGCAAAAUCCUGUUGAUUUUCUAAUAGAUGAGGCGAAAAAAUAUUCAACCAAAAAUGACAAGUUACUUAUAUUGUAUGGAAUAUCUCAAAAUCCAGAUACAAAUGACUAUAUUUUAGUUCAAAAUUAUCUUAUCCUGAGUAGAGACGAAAACAUUGAUAAUUUCAUUCAAGAAAGGCAGUUAAAUAUUAAUUCCUAUAAUGAUGUAGUAUUUGAAUGGAUACCAUACAAUCAGUUUAACAAAAUUGAAGAAACAGGCAAAAAUGAUUCAAAUAAAGAGGUUGCUUUAAAAUGCUUGCAUAACUUGCAAAAUUUUGUUGAUUCUCUAAUAAAUGAGGCUAAAAAAUAUUCAACAAAAAAUUAUAAUUUUCAUAUAUUGUAUGGAGUAUCUCAAAAUCCAUAUACAAGUGAUUAUAUUUUAAAAGACAAUUAG